AUGGAGAAUCACGGCAAUGGCACUGGAAAUACAAACACAACUCCAGCGGUGAUAGAAAAAAUGAACCUGACUGAGCUCGCCUUCAUAACUGUGUUGUACUGCUUACUCGUCGUGACAAUCAUUACCGGAAAUGGACUCAUCCUGACUUCUUUUGCAAUUAACCGGAAGUUAAGAACCGUGACAAAUACGUUUAUCGUCAGUUUGUCGUUGAGUGAUAUCCUUGUGGGUCUCGUGUCUAUCCCCUGCUGGAUAUACAUCUUUCUGAGUCAGUACACCGAGCGCCCUUACACCAACGUAGGAUACCAAUUCUACAUCACGUCUGACAUUUUUAUCGGGAGCGCUUCCAUUUUGCAACUAACGUCCAUCAGUAUCGAACGCUGUCACGCAAUCGUCAGGCCGUUACGUCACAGAACUCUUCCCAUGAAAGUGUUCUACGCCAUGAUAGCAAUUCCGUGGUUGUACGCCGCCAUAAUGGCGAGCUUGCAACCGGUGCAAUUCAAGCGCUGGACAGAAGUGUACACACUUCUCAUGACAACCACGUGCUUUUUCGUCCCAUUUGUAAUCAUUCUCGUCGCGUACAUCACCAUCUACGUGUAUGCGCGAUCAAGGCCCAUAAGUACGCUAUCACGUCACCGCGUACCCAAGAAAGCCUACAACAACGAGAUAAGGUUAUCUGUCACGGUUGCCAUGAUAACCCUGCUGUUCAUCAUAGCGUGGAUGCCACUGUUCGUUGUCAGUGUCUUAGCAACCUACCAUCCACAAAAACUACCCUCCCAACUGGGGACGGAUCGACUCUUAAAGUUUGUUAAGUUCUGUCACUACAGCAAUAGUGCCAUUAACCCUUUCGUGUACGCCUAUAGGAAUCGUGAGAUGAUAAACACAUUUCGUUACCUUGGUUACAAGCUGCUCUGCAAGGAGCGCAGCUUCGAUAUGCCUUUUCUGGCCACAGGAACGUCGUUUGUUCGAUCUUACAACAGAAGUACGUGGCAUCAGGGAUCAUCCAGGAAUGGAAAACUUCCAGAAAAGAAACACAAAGAACAAAGCUUUGUGAUGAUUUCGACAGUGUGA